UUAUUUAGGUGGUUGUAUCCGUUAUUUAAAAUCGUAAGAAAACGACAAUUACAAGAAUCGGACUUAUUUACUACUUUACAUGAUGAUCAAUGUCGUGUGUUACUGAAGCUCUUUAAUAAGAGUUGGAAAAAUACAAAAGUCAAGUCUGCACAAAGAACUAGCUUAUUUAAAGUUUUCUGUAAAUGUUUUGGUCCUAGGUAUUUAUUUAUGGGUAUCAUCCUUUUUACUGAUAUGGCAUUAAUAGUUAUUCAACCGCUCUUUAUUGGCUGGUUAAUCGCUUAUUUUAUCCCUGACUCGAAUGUGACUCGGACGCAGGCAUACUUAUAUGCUCUAGGAUUAUCAUUAACUACGCUAAUAUCGAUAAACUGUGAACCAUGGUACUUUUUCAUGGCCGGCAGAUAUGGCAUUAGGUCUGGUGUACUGCUAUCAUCUGCUGUAUUUCAAAAGGCCUUGAAGCUUAGUGCUAGAGCUAUGGCAAAGACAAGUGUCGGUCACAUCGUUAAUUUGUUGGCAAAUGAUGCUUUGCAGUUAAAAAGUCGCUUCUAUUUUUUACACUUGCUUUGGAUUUCGCCUUUAUUAAUAAUCACGCUAUCCGUGCUAUUAUGGCAGCAAGUUGGUGUUGCUUGCUUUGCAGGACUAGGCGCUCAGAUAUUUAUUUUAGUACAACAAAGUAUUAGUGCAAGCUUCUUAGUAAAAUUUAGACAAAAAUAUUUGAAAUUUGCUGACGAACGUGUUCGCAUAAUGAACGAAAUUAUUGCCGGUAUGAGAACUAUCAAGAUGUAUGCAUGGGAAAAAUCGUUUGCUAAUAUAAUCAAAAUAUUACGAAGGAAUGAAACUAAAAAUGUGUCAUCUGGACAAGCAUUGUUGGGGCUAAAUCAAGCAAGCUAUUUACUCAUAAAUACGAUUACAUCAUUCACAACGAUCACCAUUUAUGUUCUUCUUGGUAAUUCGAUCGAUUCUGCAAAAGUUUUUACUGUAUAUUCAAUAUUAAAUGCGCUGCAAAUACCAAUGUCUAUUGGCAUUCCACAAGCCAUUCAGGCUAUUACAGAUGCUAAAGUCACAUUUAAAAGAAUAGAGGAACAUUUAUUGCUCGACGAGUUAGAUGAAAACAUAGGCUACAAUCGAAUACUAACUUCUGAAAAUGGAGGCGAAGUAAUCGCCGAAAAGGUAUCGGCUGCAUGGAGUAACGGUUUUAAUUUACAAGAGAUUUCUUUUACCAUCAAUUGUAGUAAAUUAUACGCAUUGAUUGGACCAGUUGGAUGCGGGAAAACUUCAAUAUUGAUGGCUUUAUUAGGCGAGUUGCCAUUAUCUACUGGAACAAUAAGAAUUCAAGGUAAAAUUGGAUACGCUUCCCAACAGCCUUGGGUAUUCUCAGGUACCGUAAAGGAUAAUAUUUUAUUUGGAUCGGAAUAUAAAGAAGAUAAAUAUAUUAAAGUUCUUGAAGCUUGUGCUCUAACUAAGGAUUUGCAAUCAUUACCACAUAACGAUUUAACAUAUGUCGGAGAACGGGGAGUACGUUUAAGCGGCGGACAAAAAGCUCGUAUUAGUUUAGCUCGAGCUGCAUAUUGUGAUGCCGAUAUCUACAUAAUGGAUGAUCCUUUGAGCGCCGUAGAUGUAGAUGUGGCUCAACAUUUAUUUACUAAGUGUAUUUGUGGAUUAUUGAAAGAUCGAAUUCGCAUAUUAGUUACUCAUCAAAUUCAAGUACUGGAUAAAGUCGAUCAUAUAGUUGCAGUGCAAGAGGGAAGAGUAACACACAGUGGCCCUUUGACACAAUUAAUGGCAGAAGGUGUCGAUUUUACAGAACUGUUACAGAAUAAUGACAAGGGAAAUCGCCAUGAACUAAACAAGUCUAAGUAUGAUGAUAACGAAGAUACAGCGUUAAGUGAAGAAAGAAGAGAUGAAGGAAAAAUUAGUUACAAGACAUAUAUUAUGUUUUUAAGUUCGGGAAAUGGUGUCAUUGUCUUCGCUUUAUUCCUAUUAAUAAGUUUGAUAAGUCAAGGAUCAAUUGUAGUAACAGAUUGGUGGUUAUCAAGAUGGUCAGAUAGCUUUACAAAUUCAAUGUCGAAUGGAAAUAACAGCAGUAAUAUACACGUACUCGAUCGAAGAUCAGCGUUUGGAUUAACGAAUAGGAUGACGAUAAUCAUUUAUAGUUGUCUUCUACUUGUUACAUGGAUAUUGACUGCAACUAGAUGUAUUGCGACUGUAAAAAUUGCGAUCGACUCAGCUAUCAAUUUUCACAAUCGAAUGUUAAAUUCAAUAUUGGCAGCACCUAUCUACUUUUUCGAUACUAAUCCAGUCGGUCGUGUAUUGAAUAGAUUUUCUAAAGAUCUAUCUCAAGUAGAUGAGGAUCUUCCAACUACAACUGCUAACGUUGUACAGAUUGGAAUUUACUGCUGUGGAAUUAUAGUACCAACAGCUAUCUUUAACCCAUGGGUUUUAAUCCCUGCAGCUAUUAUUAUGAUCAUUUUUGUCAUCAUUCGUAAAUACUAUGUGAGUCUGUCAAGAGAAGUUACACGGCUAGAAGCUGUAGCCAGCAGUCCGAUUUACGGGCAUAUAUCUUCUACGCUCCAUGGAUUAACAACUAUUCGUGCAUUCAAUUUACAAGAUCGUUUUAUGGAACAGUUUAUGAUAUAUCAGGAUAAUCAUACGCGGCCAGCUGUUAUAAAUAUAGCGCUGACACGAUGGUGUGGCUACCAUCUGGAUAUUUUAAGUGGAUUAUAUCUAAUCUUUGUAGCAUUUAUUGGGAUUUUCAGUGCUAAUGAUGUCAGCGCUGGCGGAAUUGGACUUUCUCUCAGCUAUACAAUCCUUUUAUUAGGGAAUUUCCAAUGGUUUAUAAGACAGAGUGCGGAACUUGAAAAUCAGAUGACUUCAGUAGAAAGGAUUAAAGAAUAUAUAGAAGUCAGUUCAGAAACUACCAUAACGAAAAUCACUUCUCCAAAAGAUUGGCCAGAUAAAGGCAAAAUAUAUUUUGAGAACGUAUCAUUCCGUCAUCAUGAUAAUUUACCUUAUGUAUUACAUAAUAUAAAUUGCAUUAUUAACGGCGGAGAAAAGGUCGGUAUUGUUGGACGAACUGGAGCUGGAAAAUCAUCCUUAGUGGCAGCAUUAUUUCGCAUGGCUGAUAUUACCGGAGAUAUUAAAAUAGACGAAAUUUCAACUGAAAAUAUAAGACUAGAUAUUCUUCGUAGUAAUAUAUCUGUGAUACCUCAGGACCCAUCGUUAUUUAUCGGUACUGUACGUAGUAAUCUCGAUCCAUUUAGCCUUUAUGAUGAUUCACAACUAUGGAACGCCUUAAAUGAGGUACAACUAUCAGAUUAUGUUUCGAAUUUAUCUCGUAAAUUAGACAACGAAGUAUUAGAAUCAGGAUCGAAUUUCAGUGUAGGACAAAAGCAGUUACUUUGCCUUGCAAGAGCAAUAUUAAAAAAUAAUAAAAUUUUAGUAAUCGAUGAGGCAACCGCGAACGUUGAUUUUAAUACUGAUCGCAUCAUUCAAGUAUCUAUUAGGAGUAAAUUUCGUCAUUGUACUGUCAUCACGAUCGCUCAUCGACUCAAUACUAUCAUAGACUGUGAUCGGAUUAUGGUCUUUAAGGAUGGCCGAUUAGUCGAAUUUAAUUCACCGUUCGUUCUACUGCGAGAUAAGAAUUCUGCAUUCGCCAAUAUGGUCUGUAAAAGCGGCUGGAAAGAAUAUGAAAGACUUUUGGAUAUUGCACGAAGAGCUAAUGAUUCUGAGAAUGCGAGUUGUCAAUCAAAUAGUCGUACGCGAAUGUUGUUACCAAGUAUUGUUACAGAUGUUGAUGAAAUACAAACCAAGGUUUUAUCUUAUCGAUCUAAUAAAUCUCAAUCUACCGAUGUUUAG